AUGAAACCUCAGGGGGUAACUGAGGAUCAGACUAAAUUGCGUGCUUUCCCUUUCUCCCUAGCAGAUUCCGCUAAGGAAUGGUUAUUUUAUUUACCCCCUGGAUCUAUUACAACUUGGGCUGAUCUAUCUCGUUUGUUUCUAAACAGGUUUUUUCCAGCAUCGCAAGCAGCUGAGCUAAGAAGAGAGAUCGUUGGAAUAAGGCAAAAAGAAGUUGAGUCCCUUUACGAUUAUUGGGAGCGGUUUAAGAAGCUGUGUGCAAGCUGCCCACAACAUGGUAUGACGGAGCAAUCUCUCUUCCAAUACUUUUACGAAGGUUUGAAGCCCAUGGAGAUGAAUAUGGUAGACGCUGCUAGUGGAGGAACUUUGGUCAACAUGACUCCCCAACAAGCGAGAGACUUGAUCUCCACGAUGGCUGCAAAUUCUCAGCAGUUUCGAGCUAAUAUUGAACCCCCUAGAAGGGUUCACCAGCUAAGUAACUCAACCUUAGAGGAUAAAGUAGAUAGACUUCCUAAUAUGAUGAGCUCUCUUAUUGCGGAAAAAGCGAAGACAGCUCGGUUAUGCAGAAUAUGUGCUACACCUGAUCAUGCAACUGAUGCAUGUCCCAGUUUGUAUGAUAAUACCACGGCCCAUCUGGAUGCUGUGGGAAAUUUCCCUGGGCCGCCACAAAGGCAGUACGACCCAUACGCUAAUACCUACAACCCAGGGUGGAGGGACCAUCCUAACUUAAGUUAUGGGGCAAACCCACGAAAUAACCAGCCAAACCAAAAUCGGUUUCCGCAACAGCCGCAAGGUUCAGAGAUGAAGGAUUUUCAACAGAAAACCGAGGCAUCCAUCAGAGAGUUGACCACAUCGAUCGAGAAAUUGACCUCUCAAGGGAAGCUGCCGAAUCUUGACCAAGAAAUUACCCAGGAAAAAUCUGAGAAAGAUGAACAAGUCCGACCGAAGCCUCCAUUGCCUAAAAUUCAACCUCCAUUUCCAGAACGAUUCAACCAGUGUCGAAGAGGUAAAGAGGACAAGGAAAUCCUCGAAACAUUUAGGAAUGUCGAGAUCAAUAUUUCGCUGUUGGACGCCAUCAAACAAAUACCACGGUAUGCCAAAUUUCUUAAAGAGCUUUGCACCAACAAGCGAAAAUUAACAGGUAAUGAAAGGGGGAAUGCUGGUGAGAAUGUAUCCGCAGUGUUACAACGAAAAAUGCCGGCAAAAUGUAAUGAUAAGGGCUUGUUUGCAAUACCAUGCAAAAUAGGCCAUCUGGAAAUUAAGAAGGCUAUGUGUGAUCUAGGGGCCUCUAUAAAUGUAAUGUCGUAUUCUAUUUAUGAAUCACUUAACGCGGGUUUUUUGACAAAAACAGGUGUUAUCAUUCAAUUGGCGGACAGGUCUGUUGUGCAUCCAGAAGGAGUCCUUGAGGAUGUUCUGGUAAAAGUUAACGAGCUUAUUUUCCCUGCAGAUUUUUAUGUAAUCAAAAUGGAGGAGGAUAGCACUCCUGGAUCUUCAGAUUUCCUGUUGGGUCGACCGUUCCUUAGUACAACUAGUACUAAAAUUGACGUUCAAAAUGGAACUCUCACGAUGAAAUUUGAUGGGGAGAUCGUAAAGUUUAAUGUCUACGACGCCAUUAGCCAUCCAAGCGAAAUCUUGAGCGCACCAGAGUUGGAGUUAGAACCCGCAGGACAGAUAAAACAGAGCGAAAAUGUGAAGAAAACCGUUGAGCAACUGUUAGAGCGCAUUGAGGCCCGACUUGAAACCUUUGGCCAAUAA